GGCGGCGGCGGCGUUCUAUGGGGUGCUGGCGGCCCUCGUGUUGCUUGGCGUCCGGGAAGUGUUUUUCCAGUAUGAGGAGAACCAGUGCAGCAUGACCUACAUGUUCGAGUAUCCCGAGUACCUGAAAAUAAAGCUACCUAGGAAAAUAUCCAGACGUUACCCAGCCUAUGAGCUCUAUCUUUAUGGGGAAGGAAGUUAUGCAGAAGAAAACAAAAACUUAAUAUUUACUGGGAUUCCUGUCCUCUUCCUUCCUGGUAAUGCUGGGAGUUACAAACAAGUCCGUUCACUUGGAUCAAUAGCACUCAGAAAGGCAGAAGAUGUUGACUACAAGUACCAUUUUGAUGUCUUCAGUGUCAACUUCAAUGAGGAACUUGUUGCUCUCUAUGGUGGAAGUCUACAAAGGCAGACCAGAUUUGUGCACGAGUGUAUUAAAGUAAUUCUUAAGUUGUAUAAGGGCCAAAUGUUCGCUCCACGCAGUGUUACAAUAGUAGGACAUUCCAUGGGUGGUCUUGUUGCAAGAGCACUACUGACUCUUAAAACUUUUAAGGUAGAACUUCUCAACAUCCUUGUUACUCAAGCCACACCUCAUGUUGCACCUGUAAUGCCUUUAGAUCAAUAUCUUACUGAUUUUUACACAGCUGUUAACCAUAACUGGAUUCGGAAGGCUAAAGAAAUAAGGAAUCUUACAAUUCUUUCUCUGGUGGGAGGAUUUCGAGAUUAUCAAGUUCGUUCGGGAUUGGCUUUUCUGCCAGGAUCAGGUCAUCAAAGCAGUGCCUUAUCUGUUGUGAGUUCAGCAGUUCCUCGAGUCUGGGCUUCAACAGACCAUCUCUCCAUAGUUUGGUGUAAAGAAUUGAUUCUGGCUACUAUCAGAGCAUUUUUUGACCUUAUUGAUGAAAACACUAAGCAGAUAACAGAAGAUCCACAAAAGAGAAUGCUAGUCUUGAAUCACCACUUUCUGAGGCAUCCAGCAAAAUUCUUUGAAGAAAGGCCUGAAUCAGUUACUGAACUAACAGGGUCAUUAAUUUGGAUCCAGAUUAAGACUUCAAAAUGGUCCUAUACAGUAUACAAUGAAUCGGAUGGAAAAUAUUUUAUUUUUCCUCUUUCAAGCCACAGAAAAUCAUACAGUCAUGUCUACUGUCAAAACAGUAUGUUGGACACACAUAGUUGGAUAUAUGGUUGUAUGAACGAUACCUCAUCUAUGUGUCCGAAAGGUGUUGACUUGACUUGGAAAACUGAAUUGCUGCCAACAGUUAAGGCUGUGACUCUGAAACUUCAAGACUAUCCUUCUUUGUCUCAACUUGUACUUCAUGUACCAGCUGUCAAUGGUAAUAAGUUUACCCUGGAUUGUGAGUUCUUUAAUGAAGCAUCAAGAACAGUGCAACUUCCUGUAACCCAGCUUUUUACUUUUGGGCUUUCUUCAAGCAAAAUCGUAUUAAAUUCAACUGGUCUUAUUCACAAUGUUCAGCUUCAACAUUUUGGUCAGAUAUAUCAAGCUUUUAAGAUCUUUAUAGAGAGCCGCUGCCAAUCACUGAAAGAAAGAAAACCUAGCCUGUACCGACUUCAUAUACCAUGGUCACAUGAAGAUUCUUUAACUUUGUCUCAGGUUCCAUCUUCGACUGAGAUUUCUGCAAAACUGCACAUUGCGCAGCCUGAAAAUGACACUGCUGUUCCAUUGUUGACUAUUUAUUCAUCUUCAGAUUGUCAAUAUGAAGUAACUAUCAAGACCUCUUUUCUGCAAGUUCUUGGUCAGGUAAUAAGGUUCCAUGGUGGCGCCCUUCCUGUGUACAUUAUUUCUAAUAUUCUUCUUGCCUAUGGAAGACAAUUAAGGUCCCUAGUUUCAACAGGCCAGUGUUCAGAUUUUGUUCCUGCCCUUAUUAAAGGAGCCAAACCCUAUAAAGUAGAACCUGUUGUGAAUAUUGUUAAAUUCUUGUUGGGGCUUAACUGGUUCAAAGGAAUCUGGAAUUUAUUAUUCUUGCCAGAGCUGGAUGCACUGAACAACCAGGACUUGUGCUUUCCAUUUGUAUCCCUGAUUCUCUUUAUGUUCGGGACUGGCAUAGCCUAUUGGGGUGGGAUACUCUUCAAUUCUUCUAUAAGGCUCUCCUCCUCACUGCACUUAGUUUUGACCAGACCCUCUGGACUUCCAACAGACAAUCGCUUGAUUACACAAAGAAGGUUGUGUGUUGCUGCUUUCAUGUUCUUUCUUAGCUGGACUACGUGUGGGGCUUUGGCUAUAAUAGUGACUUAUUUUCAUUACAUCUUCAAGGUUAUUAAAUUACAUUCAAAUAUCAGAACAGAACUAAGUGUCCUUAAUACGCCCCCAAAGACCUUGGAACAAAGCUCAGAUUGUUCCAAAAAAGAAACGAGAGAGAGCUAUGGAUCAGUGGAUGGCAUUUCAGGAGCAGGAACAUCAUCUAGCAGCAGCACAGCCAUUGGCAGCCUUGCAGACAGUCUUAAGAUGCAUAUCACAGUCAUCAACUUGCUCACAUGGAUUGUGCUGCUCAGUUGUCCAUCUUUAAUUUAUUGGCUAAAAAAUCUCAGGUACCAUAUCAGACUUGAUCCUGAUCCAUGUAGAUUUGUUGCUCUUUUCCUCAUAGCCAUUUUGGGGAUACUCAUGAAUACAUGUACCACAAAAGUUAAAUCAAGUAAACUCUUGAAGAUCGCAGUGCUUCUUCCACUUCCUUGUUCUGUUGCUGUUGUGGCUUUUGCACCAAUGCAUUUAUACCGAAUACCAUACUUCAUAAUUGCUCCUUUUUUCCUUCAUGCAUUAUGCUGCAUUGUGUAAAACAAUUGAUUAUCAAAAUAUUCAGCCCGCCAUCAAGAGGUGUGGAAGUUUGAACAAAGGAUGACCUAGACCAACAUGGUAAUUACAUGAAAUUCAUUUGGUGUCAGUGGCAGAAGUGAGAACAAUGUUGGGUAAACAAAAUGAGAAAUGUGUGGUAGUGAUGGAAAAAAUGGAAAAUGUAGUGUUUUGUACCUUACUAUGCUUUUUUAAAUAGUUGUAGACAUUUCUAAUUCAGUAGGCACACAGUUCUUAUCAAACAGACACUACUGCUUGAUUUCCUUGGUUAUUAAAGCAGUUUUUUAAAAACAAUUUUGAAUUGAUAUAUCCCAUAUGCUCUUCGUGUUCUAAAGCACAGUGAGUGCAGUUAACAAAUGACUGAAAGCAAACUGUUAUAAAAUUGAAUAGCCAAUAAUAAGACAAUCUAAAAUUCUUACCCUAUUUAUAGGCGGCUCUCAUAACUUUGACUGUCUUUGGG